AGAAGUUGACGCGUGGUGCAACUAAACCCAAAACAAACUGCAAACUGCUUUAUUUGAUCGGUUUUCGGGAUUAAGUGAGUUUUAGAAUGGACCUGCCGUGUCCUCAGUGGCAGGAGCACGUUGCGGAGAAAUGGGCUGCACUCGAUUCUGACCAAAGGGAGAGCUUUACAUCACAUGUGCAAAUAGAUGAUGUUUUUAAAUUUGCCCAAAGUCUGAUAACACAAGAUGAUCUGGACUUUCUUCAAAGCCUUUCUGCAGAAAAAAAUAUUAAGAGUGAAGAUCAAGCUUCCAAAAGUAGAGAGAGGGGAAACUCAAGCUUUAAAACCAGAGACUACACCUCAGCUGCAUUGCACUAUUCACAGGGUUUAUGCCUCGCUCCCCGAAGUUCACAGCAGCUGUCUCUGUGCUAUGCCAACCGCUCCGCCGCCCUGUGCCAUCUGCAGCUCUAUCAGGAAAGUCUGUUUGACAUUGACAUGGCCUUGAAGAGCGGCUACCCCUCUCAUCUCUCACACAAACUACAGGACCGCCGUGCUCUGUGUCUGCGCCACCUCUCCACGGAUCAGGAGGCAAAAGCCCUUCAUCCCUCAGAGAAUCAUAAUGCAGCAGACGGGGCUGGGAGACAAGCGGGGGAACAUUUCAGUUUAGGGAUUUGUCCUCGGGCAGCUGUGGAUUUCAGCCUGGAGAAAGGGCGACACAUGGUGGCCAAAGACAGAAUUGCACCCGGGGAUGUCGUGCUUACCGACAGGCCAUACAGCUUGGUUCUUAUCCCAGGGUUGAAUGAGAAGGAGAAGAAGGGAGAGUUAUUUGGGACAGAGCAUAGAUUUUGUCAUAGGUGCCUGGCUAAGACAUUAUGCUUGAUACCAUGUGAAUAUUGUAGUUAUAGUCGAUAUUGCUCACAGGCUUGUCAGAAAGAGGCCUGGUUGGAGCAUCACCAGUGGGAGUGUCAUCUUGGAUCAGAUCUUGUCUUGAUGGGUGUGAUGGCGCAGCUCGCUGUGAGGGUGACACUAAAAGCCGGCAUUAAAAACAUCCAAAUGGCAAGACAUCUGAACAAACUCAAGGAGCCCGACAGCGAUUGUGUCGGGGCCAACAAUUACUGUCAUGCAAAUGUGGCAGAUCGUUCACAUGGCGAUGACUCAUACCUCAGUGUUUUCCACUUAAUGCACCACUUGAGUCACCACAGCGCAGGGCUCCGCUUUCUGGCUGCUGUUACCGUGGCAACGCUUUACCUAAAGCUCAGUGCUAGGACAGGACCUCCGCUAUCAGGUUCACAGGACCUUAGGAGACCCUUCUGGGAGACGGGCCAAUCAGAGGAAAGAUCAGGAGAAAAGCGGGAAGAAGCAGAGGACUCAGAGUGCGGCCCAGAGCUAUGGCUGAUGGGAAGUGCGGCCCUCAGGCACUUGUUGCAGUUGAGGUGUAACGCCCAGGCUAUAACAGUGCUCCAGGACACAGGACCAGCCACCUCAUCAGUGCAGUCCAGUCGUGAGCUGCGCAUUGCUACUGCUCUGUUUCCGACUCUGAGCUUCCUGAACCACUCCUGUUGUCCAAACACCAGCCUGGCGUUCACCACUGGAACCUCAGCCAGUCCUGGCCCAGAUCUGGCCAACGAUUCCACAGAGAAUGCAAAUCAUGGUGUAACAGCGACUAUCAGAGCGGCUAAAGUGAUCUCCUCUGGACAAGAGAUCUUCCACUGCUAUGGUCCUCACAGCAGUCGGAUGAAAACCCAGGAGCGCAGACGGCUCUUGUUCGAACAAUACAAUUUUCAGUGUCAGUGUGAGGCCUGUACUCUGCAGCAAGGCGAAAAGGAGCAGGCCGAUGCUGAAGAAAAUACCAUUCUACAUGAGGCUAAACUACAGUGUACCAAGUGCAAAACUGCUCUCGAAAAAAGUAGUAAGGACAGAGAAUCAGGUUUUGUCUGUUCAAAGUGCAGCCAUUUUCUGUCAAGCUCUGAAGUGGACCAAAAACUGCAAGAAAUCAGAGUGAACCUGGAGAGGGCAGUGCAACUCAUGGAGAGAGAUAAACCAGAUGAAGCCCUCAGACUGUUAAAACAAACCCAGGUGCAUUGUGGGUGGAUCCUUUCAGAUAUUCAUCCACUGCAGGGAGAGCUGGAAGACGCUACAGCCAGAGCAUUUGCUACAAUGGGUGACUGGGGAAACGCGGCUGUCCAUUUGGAGCGCAGCACAACAGUUAUCGGUUCCCAGUUUGGAGAAGACAGCAUUGAACUGGGACGACAGCUCUUCAAAUUAACCCAGCUACACUUCAACGGUGGUGCCAGAAGUGCAGCUCUCUCAGUCAUUCCCAAGGUCAGGCGGCUGCUAAGGCUUCACUGUGGACCUGAGUGCGAUGAAUUACAGGAGCUGGGGGCCAUGGAGCGCUGUCUGAGCCGCUAGUCUGUCACAAGUUUGUUUGGAAGUUUGGUACUGAAUAAAAUAUCAUGCUGCCAC